GAGCUGGGUCCGCCAAUGUAUAAUUGUUGUUGUUGGAAUAAGUUGCGUAGCCUUGCGACCCAGGCAUCCAAGGACAAAAGAGGUGCACAUUUCUGGUACCGCGCACUGUGAUAAUCAGCUCACCUCUCCACCACCGGUCCCGCUGUUCGGAGUGCCGGCCCCGCGCGGUCCGGACCGGAGCCGCCGGCCAUGGCCAACCCGGCCGACAAGGAUAACGUGCGUGUGGUGGUGCGCGUGCGGCCGCUGAACGACGCCGAGCUGGCGGCCGGCCACCGCAGCGCCGUGGAGGUGAACUCUCUGGCUGGCUCCGUGUCGCUGCGCAGCCCCAGCGCCGCAGCGUCCGAGCCGCCCAAAACGUUCACCUUCGACCUGGCCUUUGGACCCGACUCCAAACAGUUUGACAUCUACAACCAGGUGGCGCGGCCGAUCGUUGAGAACGUCCUGGAGGGCUACAACGGCACCAUCUUCGCCUACGGCCAGACGGGCACCGGCAAGACCUUCACCAUGGAGGGAGUCAGGACUGUGGCCGAGAAAAAGGGCAUCAUACCCAACUCCUUCGCGCACAUUUUCGGACACAUCGCCAAGUCGGCCGGAGACUCAAAGUUCCUGGUGCGCGUCUCCUACCUGGAGAUUUACAACGAGGAGGUGCGCGACCUGCUGGGAAAGUCGCAGUCGCAGCGACUCGAGGUCAAGGAGCGACCAGACAUCGGCGUCUACGUCAAGGACCUCUCCGCCUUCGUGGUCAACAACGCCGACGACAUGGACAAAAUCAUGACGCUCGGAAACAAAAACAGAUCGGUGGGCGCCACAAAUAUGAACGAGCACAGCUCGCGCUCGCACGCUAUCUUCACCACGACCAUUGAGCGGAGCGAGCGCGGUCUGGACGGUCAGAACCACGUGAGAGUCGGCAAACUGCACCUGGUCGACCUGGCGGGCUCUGAGCGACAAACCAAGACGGGCGCCACGGGCCAGCGACUGAAGGAGGCCACCAAGAUCAACCUGUCGCUCUCCACGCUGGGUAACGUCAUCUCGGCGCUGAUCGACGGCAAGAGCACCCACGUGCCGUACCGCAACUCCAAGCUGACGCGGCUGCUGCAGGACUCGCUCGGCGGCAACAGCAAGACCGUGAUGGUGGCCAACGCUGGUCCCGCCGACUACAACUACGACGAGACUCUGAGUACUCUGCGGUACGCCAACCGAGCCAAGAGUAUUCAGAACAGCGCCAAGAUCAACGAGGACCCGAAGGACGCGCUGCUGCGCCAGUUCCAGAAGGAAAUCGAGGAGCUGCGCAGGCGACUCGAGGAGGAAGGUGACGGCCCGGGUGAGUCGGGCAGCGGCUCGGGCGAGGAGUCGGGCGGCGAGGUCGGCGCCGAGGAGGGCGGCGGCUCGCCGGGAGGACGGCGGCGCGGCGCCGGCCGGCCGCGCCGUCUCACCGAGGAGCAGAUGGCCGAGGUGCAGGCCCAGCUGGACGCCGACCGGCGACGGCUCCAGCAGGAGAAGGGCAUGGCAGAGGCGGAGCGCACCCGACUCCAGCAGCAGGUGGAACAGCAUGAGAAGGAGCUGGCGCAGGCGCAACGGGCGCACGACCAGCUGGCCGAGAAGCUGGCGCUGCUGGAGAAGAAGAUUAUCGUGGGCGGCGUGAACCUGCUGGAGCGCUCGGAGGAGCAGCAGCGGCUCCUGGAGGAGUCGGCCCGCGAGCUGGAGCGGCGCCAGCAGAAGGAGCAGCAGCUCCAGCAGGCCCUGCAGAUGAAGGAGGCGGAGCGUCUGGACAUUGAGGAGCGCUACAGUAGUCUGCAGGAGGAGGCCGUAGGGAAGACCAAGAAGUUGCGCAAGGUGUGGCAGAUGCUGCUGGAGGCGCGCUGCGAGCUCGAUGACCUGCGGGCCGAGCAGCAGCGGGAGAAGGAGGGCCUGCUGGAGAACGUGCGGCAGUUGACGUCGGACCUGCGGCUGCAGCAGCUGCUCAUCGACCAGGUGAUACCCGCCGAGUACCAGGCCAUGGUGGAGCAGUACGCCACGUGGAACGAUGAGAUUGGCGAGUGGCAGCUGCGCUGUGUGGCUUACACGGGCAACAACAUGCGCCGCAGCAGCGACACCGGAGACCAGGACCGGCCUGCGCAGCCGGCGGUGGACCUGUCGCACGUAUACCUGACGUACGCAUCAGACGGCCCCGGUGUCUCCGUCCGACCCAAGUCGGCCAAACACAGACACGCCAGGGCCAGGAGCGCCGCAGUCAGCGCGCCCAAAGUGGUCAAACAGCGAGUGUGAUCUGGCCGCGGCAGCCGCGCAGUGAUCUCAUCAGGAUGAAGCGGGCGCCGGCGCGUUGCUCCUGCCCUCCAGUCCCGGGGGCGGCCGCCGGACCUGCCCCGCUGCUGUGAUACCCCUAACUCGACUGUCUCCGCCGGAGCUCGCGUCACUCUAGUCUGCCGUCUGUGCAGGAUAUCCUGUAGCCUAGUCCGCCCGGGUUAUUUAUUCACUGUGACAAUGUGCAAUGUCUGUGACGAUUGAUGUGUUUGUGAACUUAGCGGAGGUUCUGUGUCAGCCACUGCACUAUAGUCAGGUGACUACUGAGACAUGAGCACGUUAUGGCACCUGGAGGCACGUACUAUAGGAAUAUCUGCGCGGACCGGCCGUAUGUCGGUCUGCGGCACGGUCGAGCAUCUAGUCAACGCCGCAGUGCCGAGCUUCAUACUCGGGCUUUCGCUCUCAGUCUGUGAGCUGCUUUCACAGUCUUAUCAUAGACUAGAGAGAAUCCUCUAUCAUGUGGGAGGUUCACGCUGGUCAGUGACGACCCGCACAAUGAUCUUGUGUUAGAAACUAUCAAAGCGGCGAACAUGUAUCUGAACGAGAAGUGCCCAGGGCGGUCACAUUUAUAGCUGCUUCACGUCUGAACACCGGGCAGCACGGAUCAGCCGUGUUUCCGGCUGUGUCGGACCCUCUGGAGUCUGGAGCAGAUGUGGUCCCGAACCGCCCUCCGCUCCGUGAGCGGACCACGGUCGUGCCACCGCCCCUCCCCGGCCGGCGUCAAUACACGCACGUACACGGAACAGA